AUGACACCUCAGCAGACGACACCUCAGCAGACCACACCAAAGAAGAAGACACCUCAAAAGAAGACCAGUACCACCAGAUACAGGAAGACGAAGCAGCAUAAGAAUCAGCGACUGUCCGAAGACCCAGACGCUGAAGAUGAUGAAGAUUCUUUCAAGAUCGACAUGUCAGACUCAACUUGGCAAGAACUCCCCCCGCACACCAGCGACGCUUUCUUGAGCAACAAUUUCGCGAGCUCUGUCGCUGCACCAGCUCGUGGUUUGGAUGGCCGGGAGCCCAAUCAGGAACCUCUGGGGAACCUGAACGUGAAGGUGGUCGACAUUCUUGACGGUGGCGAGUACUUUGUGCUCGUGGACUGGUCUCCGGAGCAGGACAAGCAGCUGGAUUAUUGGUUCAACCAUCUCCGAAGACGACACAUCUCCAACUUUGGUUAUGAGAGCGAAGACAUCAAUAACCAGGAAGACAACAAUAUCUCCAACUUGUAUGCUGAGAGCGGCAAGAUCUAUAACCAGGAAGACGACAACAUCUCCAACUUUGGUUAUGAGAGCGGAGACAUCAAUGACCAGGAAGACUACAACAGGUCUAGCUUGUAUGCUGAGAGCGGCAAUAUCAAGCACACAGCUGUUGUUGACCACAUCCGGCUCCUCAUCGAAUCGUUCGGCCGCAACAGGCGGACCUUGAGUCGCGAGCUGGUUGUGGCAGAAUCUCCCUCGAAAGCUAGCGACGCUUUCUUGAGCGACAACUUCGCGAGCCCUGUCGUUGGUCCAACUCGUGAUGAGAUGAAGGAGAAAGACAUCAUGCGCGGUCUGUGUCACCCGACGCUCUGCUUUGUUGUAGUCAAAAUUGUCGCACACAUCGCUCAACGGCUCGUACAUCUCAUACUCGUAGUUCCUGUAGAAGAGAUAAGAGGAAUAAGAGGGCUUCAAUACGCGAAAUAA